ACAGUCCAUGGUGCAACGGAUACUCGAACAGCUACAUAGGGAGUUGGGGCAUGCGGGACAACGGAAAAUGGAGCAAGCAGCAGGUUUGCGUUUUUGGUGGCCUCAACAGCGUCGAGAUAUUGCGAACUUCUGUAACGCCUGCCAUGAGUGCAUCCGCUUUAAGCAACCACAAACGAUGAACAGGGCCCCCUACAGCCCAUGGUGAUUGGAUAUCCCAACGAAACCGUAGGUGUGGACGUCCUUGGACCCCUGCCUGAAACGCCACGAGGGAAUCGGUAUAUACUUGUUUUGGUCGAUUAUUUCACCAAAUGGUGUGAGGCAAUACCAACCCCGUACAUUGACGCCAGAUCCACAGCUCAGCUUGUGUUUGACCACUGGAUUUCACGGUGGGGGCACCUGAGCAACUUCAUUCUGAUCGUGGUUCUAAUUUCGAAAGCUUGGUAGUGUCUGAACUCUGCCGAAUACUAAACAUUCGAAAGACUCGGACAACAGCCUACCAUCCCCAGGGCAAUGGCCAAGUAGAGCGCACGAAUCGAUCGCUGAAGGCUCUUUUAAAAGCGUUCACAGAGGAACACCGCAGCCGCGAUUGGGAUAUUGCACUUCCACGGUGCCUCCUGUCCUAUCGGUCCAGCGUUCACUCGUCUACUGAUAAUACUCCACACUUCAUGGUAACUGGGCGCGAAAUGAGAUUGCCAAUUGAUUUGACUGUGCCAACCGCGGCUGCUGAUUCGCUCCUUGCCACAGACUAUGCCGUUCGUCUACGUCGGGACCUGACCAAAGCUUAUUCGCUUGCGCGAGAGCACUUAGGAGCUGCCCGUCGAUGUCAAAAGGAUUACUAUGACCAGAAAGUGCACGGCUGUCCACUUCAACCUGGACAACAAGUCUACCUCCACACUCCGAAUCCAUCUCAGGGCGUUCCGGCGAAGCUGCACAAGGAGUGGUCCGGUCCAUUCGUGGUCGAGGAAGUGUAUACUGAUUCUACCUGUCGAAUUUACAGACAAGGUGAAGACACCGACCGUUCAAUUGUUGUCCAUUUCAAUCGUCUCAAACCGGCAACUCUCAGUACUCAUCCCAUUUCAUCGUCUCAGCGUCCGGUAACCGACACUGACCCACCAGAUGCGUUAACAGAAGUGGAAGUAACGACCACAGAGCCCCACGUAUCGAUUACUAGUUAGGGCGGCGAGGACGACGCCUCUCGGAGAGGGGGAUGGUGUAGUGCCAAUGAUCGAACUCUUUUUGACCUUCUCUUUUUCCCUUUCAGAUCGGCGGCCUGACAACCAAGCAAGACAUUUGGACUGUUUAUCAGAUGACAAUGACUUUAAAGAACAAUAGUAAUUAUUAUUGUUGUACUUCCUAUUCCGGUUUGUGUACAGUUAACCCCUUUUUGUUUGAAUUACCUGAAUUUUGGAUUCUUGCCAAUUACACGCUGCCGUGUGCACGUUGUGUUUUGCCCUGACUUAUCUCGUGCGCUG